AUGAGGCUCUUGUAUCUCAUCUUCGCAGCUUUGCUGCCUACAGCUCUGGCACAAGAGAGCACUACGACUCCGUCCAUCACAGACAGCAGCACUUCCACCAGCACAAGUUCCCAGGCUUUCACAACCACCAUUGCGGUCGGCCGAGCAGGACACACCUUUGCCCCUGAUGUCGUCCAGGUUCCUGUGGGCGGCUUCGUUGAGUUCGACUUUUAUCCCACAAACCACUCGGUCAUUCGCGCGGAAUACCUAAAUCCAUGUAUUCCUUAUGAGAUGACCGGUAUCGGCAAGGUCGGGUUCUAUUCUGGCUUCAAACCCGUCGACGCCAUCCUCGCCGACCCACCGAAAUGGACUCUUCAGAUCAACGACUCAGACCCCAUCUUCUUCUACUGCGGUGCUCCGAACUCAUGCAUCACCUACCAGAUGGUCGGGGUCAUCAAUCCCAAUGCCAGCGUCUCGCUCGAUACUCAGAAACAAUACGCGGCCGAUUCUGACUUCGCACUGCUGCCCGGAGAGCCGUGGCCGGACGAGAACGAUCCCACAUCGGUAUCUGCGCCUCCGGCAACAGCCACGCCCGAGUCAAGUGAUUCGCACCAUUCAACUCUAUCAACCGGAGCCAUAGCCGGGAUUGCAGUUGGUGGUGCGGCCGUCGUGAUCGCCGUAGCGGCGCUCAUCUUCUUCUGUGGCCGCCGAUCCAGACGCCGGGCCAAGAAUGAACAGCCAACCGCGCCAACCACGCCGGCCAUGGGCCCGACUCACCCCCCAGCCUACGUGCCCCCCGCGGCAAACUACGGCUACAUGUCGCCUUCGAACAAACACAUGUCCAUGACGGCCAUGCCCGUCACCGACGCAUUCGGCAAUCCUCUCCCGAAUGGCGCUCCCUACGGCGGCGGCUACCCGGCCACCUACCCGCAAGGCUACGCAGGACAACCGCCGAUGCAGCAGUCCCCGCAUAUGAUGGGCGCCGGUAACCCUCAUGCUUAUCCUCAACACUCGCCCUCUACCGACAUCUUCGGCACGGUGAUGCCCCCACCCGGGCAGCACACGCACGAAACCCAGCCCAGCACCGAGGUACAUUCCCUGCGGGCUAGCAGUCCGAGCUCUAUGCACACGGCCCCAGCGCCAGCCGUGGGCGGCAUCGAGGCCUUCCUGCAACGGCAGGGACGCAUGAGCCCACAGCCGGAGAGCGAAGUUCCGGGCGAUCCCGUCCUUCCGCACGGAGGUGUGGGCCCUUAUGAGAUGGCCGCUACGGGCACACAUCUACGGCAAUCGUAG